AUGCCACCCAGGCGUAAGAACCAGAGAAGCCAGGGCAACAACCCCUUCAACAACACCACCCCCAACCCCGACAAAAAACGCUGGCGCAGACGCGACAACAACUCUUCCAACAACCACCUCCCCGGCGCCAACGAAAUGGCCACGGGAGAUUUCUACUACCCCAACAACUCAAACUCUCACACGAUGCCCUUCCCCUCCCCUGGUCACCCAGGCGGACACCCAGAGAACGCGUUCAACCCUCCUGGCCACGCUGGCGUCUCUAACUCCUACCAGUCGUACUAUGGCCCUGGUAGUAACGUCUGGAACUCGGAGAGACCUUUUGCGCUAGAGCAGGCAGAGGCUCAGAUGCUUGAGAUGGCGGCAGCGCGUGAGGAUGAGAUGAAGGAUCAGGAGAAGAGGUUGUUUUUGGAGGAGUAUCGUUAUGUGGGACAGCAGACGCAGUAUGAACCUCCCCACAUCGACGUUGGCGAUCUCGAACCGACCCCAGAUGAGAUUGGAAUGGAGGUUGAGCCUCUGAGCACUGGUAUUGGAAGCCGCGUUGAAUCUGUCUACAACGGCAACGGCAUGGCAGGAAAAGUUUCAGAGACUGGUCGUGGUGGUAAUACUGCUAGCAAGGGUACGGGUUUCAAGCUUCGUGCUGAUGCUCCCGAGUUUGUUCCGAUGGACAAGAAAUCCAAGGGCAAAAAGCGUCAGGAUUCUGUGACUAUUGUCACCAGCUGGUACUAG